AUGCAAUAUUAAGACUCAAGAAGAGUGAUUAAUCCUAUUUAUUAAGAUUAACCUAAGUAAGUGAGACCAAGAUCUAUUUCAAAUACAACCAAGUUAUUGGUUUGGGAUCCUCAAUAAAUCAUCUCUAAAACAGAAAAUAUAAAAAAUUAAUAACCUACUAGCAAUGAUGUAAGGAAUACUCGAUAAAAUUAAAGGAAUUUUUCUUCUAUUUUAGGUGGGAAUAACUUCAUCAAAAAUAUUAAUUAACAACCUUAUAAUGAUUUAAAUGAUAUCAUAAAGCAUUAACAUGUAGUACAAUCUACAAAAGAAAAAAUAAUAAAUCCUAUAAAAUUAUCACUCCAAGAUGAAUAUCAAAUAUAUCCAUAAUAAGACUCAAAGUCUUAAGAAAGGUACUCAAUAAAAUUAAAUAAAUAAUCAAGAUGUGAUAAGGAAAACUAGUUUAAUAAUUAAUAAGAAUUAAUAAGAUUAAAUAAAACAGAGAAUGUUAAAUCUAAAAUGAAAGGCUAGAAAGAGGAAAGUAAAUCAUUAGUAUCAGAAUUGAAAAAAAGAAUGAUGAAUACUCCUUAAAAAUCAUAGAUUAAUAAUCAUAAACCAACACUUUAAAUGGAAGACAAUAAUAUAACUAUUAUUACUAUGUAAUUAAAAGAUAUAAAGGAAAAUGUAUAAACUGAAGAAAUGAAAUAGUUAUGUUAAAAUAUGGGUUAUCAUAUGAUAAAGUUUGAUAAAGAAUAUGAUAAAAUAAAUCAUAGAUAAAAUGGAUAAGGUUCAAUAUAAAUUAGAGGUAUUAACACUGAUUAAAAGCUUACUACUUUUUAAAGAUCAUUAAGUAAAAAGGGAAUUAAUAUAGGUGAAUAAAAUUUAAAACUAAAGGAUUUUAUAUCCAAUAAAUAUUUACUUAAAAGUCAAGAGCAUUCUUAGGCGGAUAAUCAAAAUUCUCAAAAUUAAGAAAACAAACUCUUAAAUAAUUUUAAGAAAUUCUAAAGUAGAUAAAAAGGAUAAUUUUAAUGA